AUGACUGCUGAGUUUGCAGCCGAUGUGAGUGAGAGUGAUGAAUGCUACAUCGAGAAACAUCCUAGUGAUGGAGAAAGGGUGAUUAAUAGUCAUCAUAUUUCGGCUUCUCCGUCCUGCGAGUUACUGGCAGAAGAUGACAGCGGGCUUGUACCGUACCGUGACCGGUACGGAAGCACCGGGAGUGGAGGCUCCAUGACCCCGCAGAAACGCCGCUUCGCCGACGUGAAGCCACCCUACUCGUACAUCGCUCUCAUUACCAUGUCCAUCCAGAACUCCAAAGACGGUAUGGUGACAUUGAACGAGGUGUACGCAUUCAUCAUGGAAAAGUUCCCGUAUUUCAGGGAGAACCAACAGCGGUGGCAGAACUCUAUCCGUCAUAACUUGUCUUUGAACGACUGCUUCAUCAAGAUCCCGAGAGCGCCGGGCCGGCCUGGGAAGGGGAACUACUGGGCGAUGCAUCCGGACUGUGGGGACAUGUUCAGCAAUGGGAGUUUCCUACGGAGAGCAAAGCGUUUUAAAGUCUCAAAACGGAGGAAUGAACCGGCGCAGAUACAGCACGUGAAUUCCUUCGGACAUUUCAGCCUGUAUGGCCCCACCUUCUCACCGCCUGCUACGGCCUACCACACGGCGAGCUCAUUCAACCCUUACUCGGCACAUUACCCGUCCAGUCUCCCACCACAGUCAAGACAGUAUUCCCCUUCGUUUGACUCAUACACGGACACCUGGCCCACACAAACCUCAUCCUCGCAGAACUAUUGCUCUUCGGCCACACCGUACUACCCAUCUUCGGCGAUCGCACCGAGCAGUGGCUACCUGUCCCUCGGGGGAAUGAGCGGCAUUCAGACGGCACACCGGGCUGCUGCCGCCUCGCUGACCGGUUACCCGAGCUUACAACAGACUUACGGGGCAACCUCGUGUUGUCAGAUGAAUCGACGAAUUUCACAACAUGCUCUGUAA